AUGGGAGAUUUCACAUCAGCUGUUGAGACAUUUCGGAAAGCGUCAGACAUGAGAUCAACUCUACUUGGUGAUCACCAAGACACGACACAAAGCUACCACUUCCUUGGGCUAGCACAAUGUGAAAUGGGAGAUCUCAAAGGAGCUUUGGAAUCUUUGCAAAAGGCCUUGCAACUGGGGAUGAAUCUUUCAAUAGGAGAUCAACCUGGCAUUGCUAAUAUCACCACCGUGGAGGCAUUUCAGACAGCUUCAGACAUGAGAUCAACUCUACUUGGUGACCACCAAGACACGGCCGAUAGCUUCCACAGCCUUGGGCUAUCACAGUUUCGCGUGCGAAACCUCAACAAAGCGUUAAUAUCUUUUAAAAAGGCCUUGCAACUGAGGAAGAAACUUUCAAUAGGAGAUCACGGCAAAAUUGCCGAUAACAUUAACAACAUGGGAACUGUGUAUGGCAAGACGGGCGAUUAUAAGUCUGCAAGGGAACAAUUUCAGAAUACUGUAGACUUGCAUAGAAAGUUAGUCGAUAAACACAGAAGCACUGCCACUAGUUACGACAAUCUAGCUAUGACACAUCAUGCAAUGGGAAGCUACCCAGAAGCCCAUGAAUGUUGUAUGCAGGCUUCGAUCAUGAGACUCGAGGUUUUAGAUCAACACGUACGUACAGCAAACAGCCUCCAUAAGCUGGGAGAGGUUCAUCAGAAGCUGGGCGAUUCCAUAUCGGCCGUUAAGGCAUUUAAGACUGCGUCAUACAUGAGAUUAACUAUAUUUGGUAAUCACCAAGACACGGCUGAAGGCUACUACGGGCUUGGGUUAGCGCAGUGUGAAAUGGGAGAUCUCAAAGGAGCUUUGGAAUCUUUGCAGAGGGCCUUGCAAAUGUUGAAGAAACUUUCAAUAGGAGAUCAGCCCAGAAUUGCUGAUAUCACUAGCAACAUAGGAGAAGUGUAUCACAAGAUGGGAGAUUACCACUCUGCUAGAGAACAGUUCCUGGAUGCUGUAAACUUGUAUAAGAAGCUAGUCGAUAAACACGAGAGCACGGCCACUAGUUACCACAACCUAGCUAUAACGAAUCUGGCAAUGGAACGCUACCCAGAAGCUCUUGAAUGUUUUAAGCAGGCUUCCACCAUGAGACUAGAGGUAUUAGGUCAGCACAUACAUACAGCAAACAGCUUUUAUAUGCUGGGAGUGGUUCAUCACAACAUGGGCGAUAUUGCGUCGGCCGUUGAGGCAUUUAAGACAGCGACAGACAUGAGAUCAGCUGUACUUGGUGAUCAGCAAGACACAGCUGAAAGCAACAACAUGCUUGGGCAAGCGCAUUUUGACAUAGGAGACCUCAAAGAAGCUUUGGAAUAUUUGCAAAGGCGUUUGUAUCUCAAGAUGAGUGGUUUUAAGUCUGCUAGAGAACAAAUUCAGAAUGCUGUAGACACGUGUAAGAAUUUACUCGAUAAACAAGAAAGCACUGCUACUAGUUACUACAAUCCCGCUAUAACGUAUCUUGCAACGGGAGGCUACCCAGAAGCUCUUGAAUGUUUUAAGCAGGCUUCUACCAUGAGACUCGAGGCGUGGUUCAUUAAAAGAUAUUCGGCAUUCCAGUCAGCGAUAGACAUAAGAUCGACUCUACUUGGUGAUCACCCAGACACGGCCGAAAGCUACCAUUGGCUUGGGUCGGCGCAGUCGGACAUGGGAGAUCUCAAAGGAGCUUUGGAAUCUUAG